AUGGCAGCAUGUACAAAUACGUUUGGCGCCUUUUCCAGUUACAAAAUUCCCGGCGUAUGCCACCGCUACUACCACGUGAACACAACAGCAGUCCAAUCAGCUGGGCAUCCUCAGAUGGUAAAAGUUGUUCAAAAUACAAAUAAUCAGUCACUUGCUCAACUUAAAAUUAAACCUAAUCCUGUCAAAAUUAUAAAACUGCCAGCAUCAGCUGAAGGAAUCAAUAAGACAUCAGUGUACCGGGCUGUAAAGUUGACUGGAAUCAAAUGUGCAUCAAAGUUUUUACAAGUUGACAAUUUACCAAACUUACAAACAAUUAAGGUUGAACCUAAGGACCCUGAAGAAGAAAAUCAGGUACAACCGGAAUCAUUGUCAGAGCUGAAAUAUAUACAGACUGUGCCAGACCUAAGUACUUUACCAACAAAGUCUGAUAAUUUAGUAACAAGUACUAGCACUGUUAAUAGUUUGUCUCCAGCGAUGUCUCAUGCUUCAAGAAGGAGACAUGAUUCUGAUAAUGAUCCCCCAGCAGAAUACACCACAAAGAGACGUAAGCAUGCAGACAAAGUUGGCAAGGGAUUAAGGCAUUUUUCAAUGAAAGUUUGUGAAAAAGUCAGAAAUAAAGGCUUUACUUCAUACAAUGAAGUUGCAGAUGAAUUAGUGCUUGAAUUUGCAGCAGGGAUGCAUGGUUCAGCAGAUAGCCAACAAUAUGAUCAAAAGAAUAUACGUAGAAGAGUAUAUGAUGCAUUAAAUGUUUUAAUGGCAAUGAAUAUAAUAUCUAAAGAAAAGAAAGAAAUCAGAUGGCUUGGACUACCCACAAAUAGUGUACAGGAAUGUACUGCACUGGAAAAAGAAAAACAGGCUAAGUUAGAGCAAAUACAAAAGAAGACUCAACAAUUACAAGAACUAAUAUUACAGCACAUUUCAUUUAAGAGUUUAAUAGAGAGGAAUAAAGAAGCUGAGAGCAAAGGAGUGAAGCCAUCUCCAUCGUCUGCCAUCCAUUUGCCAUUCAUUGUUGUGAAUACUAGUGAUAAGGCUUUAAUUGACUGCAGUAUUUCUAAUGAUAAGACCGAAUACAUGUUCAACUUCAACAAACGGUUCCAAAUACACGAUGACAUUGAUAUUUUAAAAAGAAUGGGUUUGCUAUUUGGUUUAGAUAAAGGUGAAUGUUCAGAAGAGGACAUAGAAAAGGCAAAGAGUAUGGUUCCAAAAUCUCUAAAGACAUAUGUAGAACAAAUGGGCAGAGGAGUAAUUACAAAAUUGUCGACAAUGCUCGAGGAAGGUGACCUCGAGGACGAAGGUGGUGAAGAGGAUGACGCGAUUGAAGGUGAGGCAGAAGCAGAUGAGGAACAAGAAGAAGCGGAGGGUAAUGAGUACAGCGACGACAGUAGCGAUGUCGACGUGUAG